CCAUGCUUGGGUGUCGUGAACGAUAUGCCGUGCUUGAUGUUUUAUGAGAACGCGAACGAGGACGCUUGUAUGUGAAAGGCGGCGCGAGUUGUCGGUUGCCAAGGGCGACGUUUUCAAUUAUGAUGUCCGCUUUCUCCACCGAACUGUUUUCCAUUGCAGAAGAACAAUAACUUUCGAUUGUGCAGUUCACAGGCUAGACAUCUAUCUGCCUAACGUAUAAUAAUAAUAGAACAUAGAGCUAGGAAGUUGCUUAUCCUGAUUGGAGUUUGUAGUUGAACCUUAACGUGCUCAUAAAAUUCAUUGCCUUUAUUACAACUUGUGUAUGUAGCCAAUUUCAAUAUCGACAUCAACAGAGGCGAGAGAAGCAGAUUGUGAUUCAAGGCACUUGUCCUUGAAGUGCGGUAGUUACACACAUUCCCUUUAGCCAAGACCUAUAUGAAAGUGCUAUCCAUCACUUAGUAGCAAUGGAUUGGCCAAGCUCACGAGUCGCCAAGGGAGGGCUCUUCCAUGCCCCCAAAACGAAGUACACGAAAGAAACUCAGGAUCUUAUUAAGGUUUUAAUGGAGGAAGCAAAAUUGACUAUUCUGCAGCGGAACAAAAUCAAUUACCAUCUGAGAACUGGGGAACCACUUCCGCCACCGAAGGAACCCAAGUUCGAACAGGACUACAGUAACUUUCUUCCGGUCGCGAUCCCUAGGAAAAACAUCAAGAAGCGGUCCUUGUCGACGAUAAUAGAAAGCGGUGCGUUCGAUGUGGAAAAGUACGUGCCAAAGGACGGCAAGGAACCGGUGGAGAAGUCCAAAUUGAAACUUCAGGAACGGAUGGCGGGGUGCAAAAUAUUCCCCGAUGACGGGCGGAAACGAGUUCAACGUAGCAAGAGCGAUUCGGAUGUGGACUACACCGAAACGGAUCGGGAAGCGGAAUUGCUGGAGGAAAUCAACGAACGCGUCGAAUGGUUGUCUGAAAUGGAAGCUCUCGGCGAGGGUAAGAAACAUCGGCAGGUUAUUCACGCUCAGAUCGCUGAACGCCUCAACGAGCUCAAACGGCUGGAGCGAGAGCAAUCGAAACAGGAUUCAGUCGAGGAAAAGUAGUCAGUCCAAUAAUGA